AUGACAAAAGCAGAACUCGCGAAACAGAUACGCACUGUUUCAUAUCUCACAGGAGAAUUCACACUCCGCUCAGGGAACAUUAGCAACUUCUAUUGGGACAAAUACCGGUUCGAGAGCAAUCCCACGCUGCUCACCGCGAUUGCUGAAGAGAUGGCGACAUUAUUGCCAUCCGAAUGCGACGGUUUAGCAGGAUUAGAAUUAGGUGGCAUCCCGCUCGCAACGGCACUCUCACUGCAAACGGGACUUCCCUGCUUCUACGUCCGGAAGGAAGCGAAAACAUACGGCACGUGCAACCUCAUAGAAGGUGGCACUAAAGGAGGCAGUCAGCUCGUUGUCAUAGAGGAUGUGAUUACGACUGCGGGGCAGGUUUGCACGUCCAUUGAGCAGAUCCGCGCGGCAGGAUACACGGCGGAACACGUUGUAGCCGCCAUUGAUCGACAGGCAGGCGGUGCGGCAAAGAUUAAUGCACUCGGGUGUUCGUUUGCCUCCGUUUUUACACUUGAGGAGUUAGAAGGAUUUUAA